AUGUUGAAUACAGUGCUAUCGCGUUUAAGUGAAGAUCCACCCGCUUUAUUAAUAUUUGAUGGCCAUUCUACCCAUAUCCAACUUAAAAUUUUAGAAGAAGCACAAAAACGAGGCGUUAAUAUUAUAAAAUUACCAUCACAUGAAAGCCAUCUUCUGCAGCCAUUAGAUUUAUCAGUUUUUAAAUCAAUGAAAAACACUUGGGAUGCAAAACUUGUGCAUUGGCAACGGUUAAAUGUGGGCACUAAAUUGCCAAAAGUUGAGUUUAUUCGCCUUCUUGGAGAAGUGUGGCGUGAAUUAGACACAAAAAUAAUUAGAAAUGGCUUUAAAAAAGGAGGCAUAUAUCCAUUUGACAGAAACGUAGUUGCAGACGAAAAAUUUGAUCCAGAAUCAUUAAAAAUGUUCAGGGAACAUAAAACGAUACCAAAACAGAUUCAGACAUUAAAAAAGUUAAGUUUGGCGGCCGUUACCCAAGAGUCAACUCUCAUGCAUUAG